AUGAUGUUCCGAAAAGACCCUGUUGAGGAUGAAUUUGGGAUGAAGCAGCCAUUACUUGGUGUCAAUGCAGAAAAAUUACCCCGGCCCCAUCCAUCUGGUGCCGAUGCUUUUGAUAUCAGAACCAUUAUAAUGCAACUUGUCCCAUGCAAAACACAAGACAUAAUUGCUUACAUUUCUAUGUGUACAUGGAAUGGUGCAAUAAUUCUCUUUAUCUAUGCUACGUUAAGAGCCGGUGAUGUGGUUAUGAAGUCGGCUGCGCCACACGAGCGUUUUAAUCCAGUCGACGCUCGCUCUGAGUUUAGGUGGAUGGCCUUCUGGGCUGUUAUUGUGGGAGUAAUUGGGCUGAUUUACCUUAUUCGCCGUAUUAGAAAGACUGUUUUGGCUAGAGUUGAUAGCCACCACAAGAAUGUGGCUAAGGGAUUUAUCAUGACUGCUUCCAUUCUAGGUGGUGUGGCCAUUCCGCUUGUUUUUUGGGGAAUUGGUGCUGCAAUUGCUGCCAUUACCGGUGUAGCUGCUAUUACUAGCAUCACCUUAGCUGCUGGUGGUUUAAUUAUGGCUGGGUUUGCACUUGGAUAUAUGAUAAUUCAAGUUACCAUUUCAACUGUCAAUAAGGAGAAAAGAAACCAGAACGGCUUAAUUAAGAACCGAAAGAACAUUGCCUGUGUUGCCAUUAUUGUGGUUUCUGUAAUUGCUCUUCUUAUUUGGGCUAUCUUAUUGGCUCGAGUUGUUGGUCUUAGCUUAGAUAUGACUAGAACAAUUAUACCCCCAACUGAUGAACAGUGGAAAACUAUUACAACUAACUACGCCCAAGCCAAGGCCGCUCGAGAAAACGAACUCCAAACCGCAUACAACACUAGCAAAACUGCUGCCGAGACUAAGAUCGCCGACACUAACAAACUACUUAGCGAGAAACAUGACUUGCUAGCCAAAACCCAGACCGAACUAUCCAAUGCUGUUACAGAUGAAGCCAAGGCAGCCCUUAAUACGAAGAUUGCCAACCUCAAUGCUGAAAUUACCAAGCACACUGAUACUAUUAACCAACAAAACGCUCUCAUCAAAUCCCUCGGGCCUGAUUACCCCGCUACAAUCAACAAGCUUUCUACUACUCUACGCAACGCUGAUUCUGCCGUGGUCGAUAAGACUAGCGCAUGGACAGCCGCCACUGAUGAGCUUAAAGCCGCUACUGACGCCACUCGGCCAGCACUUCAGAGCAAGGCUGAUCAGCUGGAGAAAGCUCUUGACGAGUGCAAGAAACUUGCCGCAGAAGCCAAAGCCAAUCAUACUUCGGCUACCAUAGCCUAUGACAAGCUUGUUCAUCACGAUAGUCUUGCCCUGCAAAAGCGUG